GGAGGAGCGAGAGGCUCAUAGUAGGCGUCAGAAUACUCAAUUUCCAACUUAGCAUCCUGGCAGGACACUCUCCGAUGCAAAGCCCUAUCAGAGAGCAAAAACUUGUUCCGCGCGCUCGGCAUGAGAGACCCAGCGCGCUCAGAGGGAGAGAGAGUGGUUCGAAAAUCCGCGUAUGAGUAAAAACAUCCCGGCUGCACCCUGACAACGACUUAAUAACGACUGUGAAGUCUAUGCAUUCGUCGAUCUGUUUAAUUCUCAUCACUGCUAUCACCGAAAGGAGGACGGGACGGAGGUCUGUUUAUUCGGAACUCCAUGAGCGAGCGCGGAAAGCGCAUGAGAGUUUGAGGGCAGAGAACACAAGUGAGAAGUUUAUACUUGGAUCUUCACCAUGGCGUACCCUCAGGGCUACUUGUAUCAGCCAUCCGCCUCUUUAGCACUCUAUUCGUGUCCUGCCUACAAUACAAGUGUGAUAUCUGGACCCCGGACUGAGGAACUAGGGAGAUCAUCCUCUGGCUCUGCUUUCGCUCCCUAUGCCGGAUCUACAGCUUUCACCAGCGCUUCGCCAGGCUACAAUUCCCAUCUUCCGUACAGUGCUGACGCAGCCGCCGCUGCCACUUUUACUUCUUAUGUGAGCUCGCCGUACGACCACACGACAGGAAUGGCCGGAUCUAUAGGGUAUCAUCCUUAUGCUGCUCCCUUGGGUUCAUACCCGUAUGGUGACCCAGCUUAUCGUAAGAAUGCUACCCGGGACGCCACUGCCACACUGAAAGCAUGGCUUAACGAGCACCGGAAAAACCCGUACCCAACCAAAGGCGAGAAGAUCAUGCUGGCCAUCAUCACUAAAAUGACUCUUACUCAAGUGUCCACCUGGUUUGCCAACGCUAGGAGAAGGCUAAAGAAGGAGAACAAGAUGACCUGGACCCCACGGAACCGGAGCGAGGACGAGGAGGAGGACGAAAAUAUUGAUCUAGAAAAAAACGACGACGACGAGCCAAACAAGCCCACAGACAAGGGAGACUCCACCGACACAGAGGCAGAUCAUAAACUCAUCAACCCAGGGGAGAUACCAAGCGACAGGUUUAAAGAUGAGACACAUUCUAAAGAUCCUGAUCCACUUUUGACAGACUCGGAAUUAAAAGACUCAGAGGACCGGACGGAUUUGCUCGCCGAGCAUGCAAAACCCACAACCUCUUCGCCCCCCAUUCUACAAAGAGGGAACGACCUCAUUACGCAAGAGAAGCCAUCAGAACCGGGCCACGCCACGAGCACGGGGAACAGCAAUGUAACGUCUGUUAUUCAUUCUCCCCCUUCGGCGCCCAAACCAAAACUUUGGUCUCUGGCCGAGAUCGCCACGUCUUCAGACAGGUGCAAGGGGAGCAGCGAGGCUCCGCAGGCCGCAGACUUGGGUCAAAGCACAGUAAUAGCCAGCGCUCCCUCGCCGACCCGGUCUUCCCCUCAGUGCCCUCUACCCAACAGCACGGUCCUCUCUAGGCCUAUUUACUACACAUCCCCUUUUUACCCUGGCUACACGAACUAUAGCACUUUCGGACAUAUCCACAGCAGCCACGGCACCAACACUAGCUCUACGGCACAUUUCAAUGGAUUAAGCCAGACUGUUUUAAACAGAGCCGAGGCUCUUGUCAGAGAGAGCAAAGUAAGAAGCCAAACGCACGUAGAUCUUUGUAAAGACUCACCUUAUGAGCUAAAGAAAGGUAUGUCAAACAUUUAAUAGCGGAUCCAUCGCCAGUCACACGGACAUUUAUUUAUUAUUUGUGGUUGCUUAAAAGAAGAAGCAAAAGAAGACACAAAAGAUCAUUGUGAUUAUAAAAAUCGAGGACAAUUAUUUUCUGAGUAAAUGCUUAUCCUCAAAUCAUAGUUUCUGAAUGGUAAUCAAGAGGAUGUAACUUCUAAGAAUUGUCUUAAACGCUGCAGCCGCCUGAGUCUAUUUGUAUUAAAGACUAAUAUGUAUAUUUAAUGUAGCAUUUUGUAUUUAAAAUGGACAAUACACUAUCUUUGAAGUAAAUUAUGAUAAAGAAAAA